CAAGCUCUCGAUCGAAUUUUUCAAUAUUAUGUUUUCUUCAUUUUACAAACUUGUAGAAUAUAUAAUUUCAUCAAAAGAAUAUCAAUUAUUCAUUUUCAUAAUUUUUGACUACAGUUUGAUCUGAAAUUAAAUGAUUUAUUUUUUGUAUAAUUCGAAAAUAUGGCAAUUGAAUCAAAAUUGAAUGUUUUUAUUAAUUGGUCUCCUGGUGAUAAGGAAAGAAAAGUCACUUCAACCUGUUGAUGGAUGUUGAGAAUAAGAACACUUAGAACUCGUGUUUCACUUCGACAGGUAUACAUGAAAAGAAUCUAAAGAGCAUACAAGCACUGAGAGGUGAGGAAAUUUAGCCAAACCAACUCCAACAAACACUAUUGCCAAAGUACCAGGUUCAACACUCAACAUGGCCACUCAACAGGUACCUAUGGGACCAAUUUCUACAAAAGAAGACUGCAAAAAAUAUCUUUCUCAGAAACAGAUUCCUCAGAUGUUUGAGAGCAUCUUAGCUGCGCUAAUGCUGGAGCGCCCUGAAGAUCACAUCAAAUUCAUCGAAACCAAAAUUGAAAAAAUCAAGGAAAUUGGACCUGAGAAUGUUAAUUGGGAGUCAUUUGUGUACGAUCUUCAUCCUUAUAGGGAUCAAACUAGACUUGAUCAUAUAAAUGAUAAUAGCAAAUAUCAAAAGGAGUACCAGAAAAGGGGGGAGGAACGGAAUGUAAAAAGUGGUAUGCAAUCUGGGAGGAGCUCGAGGGAUAGCGGCCUUAUGUCAAAAACACCUGGCGGAGAAUACGAACCUGAACUAUUUGAACUUACCGAGACAAACACUUCCGCAAAAACUUGAGGAUACAAUAUCUUCCCAUUGAUAAAAGUUUGCCAUGACCAUUGUUUUAAAAUUAAGAACAGAAUGAAUUAAUGUGAAAUAAAAUUAGUGGUGGCAAUAAGCAUAUAAAGUCAAUGAACAAUCAAUUUUCAAAAAUCUAUAUUUGCUAACAUUGUUUCAGAAAUUACAUGUUAGAUAAGGAUGAUUUAUACUAGAUAUCCAAAAACAACAUCAAUUCAAGCACUCAUGUCAUUUGACACUUUUAUCAAGGACUGUGGCAAAAUAAAAUAGCAUAUGACCAUCAUAGACUGCCACUCUUCAGCUCUUAAACUGCUUACAUGCUGGAGUUAUUGAUAUCCUAUUAAGUGGGGCAACCACUUAGAAGUCUAUUGUUCAUUGUUAUAUGUCUUUAAAAGACUUACACAAAGGCAUAAAGGAUAUUAA